AUGAAUUAAUAAAAUACAAAUUAAAAAAAAAUAAACAAAUAUUUAUCAUUAUCUAUUCAAAAUUGUCAGUUCUUACGUUAUUUUCUUCCUCACAAAUGUUUUAAAAUCUUUUCAAUUAAACAUUUUCCCAAUAUGUAAAAAAAAUAUCUGAAAAAUUAACUACAUCCGGUGGAAAAAAAUCUGUUAAGCAUUUAUUCUUGGCAUGGCGGUAUUAGAAAAACACAAUAAUGUUAAUGUAUGGUGGUUUCCUCCAGAAUUUUGCCAAUCACGUUAUGGUGAAUAUCACGAAAGUGGCACUAAUUCCUGUACUUUGAUUUCUCUUAUACUGGCCGAUAAAAUGGCCAAAGAAAGAGUUUUUCAAGCUUUAAGUCAGACUUUGCCAAAACGUGCCAUUGAAAUAUUUGGUGAUGCCAUGAAUGAGGGCAACAUAGUUUAUGCCAGGAUAUUCAGUACUAACAAGAAACGAACUCCUAAUCUUAAUAUACCCGAGGCGUUGACAGCUUUAGGUGGCCAAAGUAACAUGCAAUUUGAUUUACGGGAAUGGUUUUAUACCCAUUUAACGGCAAAUCCCCAUAAAGAAACCUAUAAUCAGUCCGUACCACAUCGCAUAACACAAGUUUUAAGACUGGGAGUACAACUGUUUAAACAACCGCCCAGCAACAGCAGAGCUAGAAAUUUAUUUGCUGCUUUAAUAGCUGACAGUCGUACCACGGUAUUUAUAUUUGAAUUCCCACAGAAUGUUGUGUCAUUUUUUGACUCACAUCAACAUGGUCGUCGGGCUGGUGCCGUGGUGGCCCAAGCGGCUAUGAAUCAUUUGCCAGAUUUGAGUCAUUGGUUUGUUAACAUGCUGCAUGAAGUGUACAAAAGCCGGCCUUCAAUUUAUGAAAUAUCAUUUCUUACUACUAGUGCUGAUGCACCAAAUCUGGAAACACCUUAAAGAAUGAAUUACUUAACAACAGAAACACUGGAUGUUAGUUUAAGAAGAAACAAUGAUAUUUUCUAAAAUAAUAAAAACUUAAAUAAAAAAUCAUCAUUAAAAGAAUUCGAAUU